AUGAAUGAUACAGAUUCUUGUUUAGUGAGGAAUAUUUCCUGUAGACCUAUUUGUCAAUAUUCCAGAAGAUAUGGUUACUUCAACAAGGUUUUCUUUAUUCGAAAAGGAAGUUCAGAAAAAUUGCAAAUGAACGUAGGAAACAAACAAUUUUAUGUAGUUGUCAAGGAAUAUAAACCAGAUCUUUGA